GUCUCACCGACUGUUUACUGAGCUCUCCUAGUUUUGACUUUUAACUGUUUAACUUGGUGUGACAUUAGUUACCGUGGAGUAAAGUGUAUAAUAUACUUGUAAAUUUGCUUAUUUACGUAAAACCAAUAAAACGUCAACCAAACGGUGCAUCGCUUUUGCUUUUCCGUAGUUGAAGAAGAUCAUCGCACAAACGAAACGAGGGCCCGAUAGUGAUAAUAAUGGCAUUUCAGACCGGUCGAACCAGACCGCUGAACCGGAACGCACGCAACAACGAGGGCCGUCAGAAUUACGCCUUUGAUGCCGGGCUCUUAUCCGGCGCACGCCCAAACGUAGCCGAUCGCGAUGGUGAAGAUUCUGACGUGCAGUUCAGCUCUGACUCGGAGAGCUCCUCCGACUCGGAUGGCGAGUCGACGCGGUUGUCAGGACUCGCGGCGAGCUUCCGAGUGGUGUCCGAUUCGCUUCUGAGAAUGGAGCAAACGGAGCUGGAGAUGGCCAAGGCGAGGGAGGCUUUGCGGUUGAAAGCGGAGAAGCAGCGGGUUGAGCUGGAGGCCGAGUUGACUCAGAUGCUGUUGCAGACUCAGUUGCAGGUGGCGUCGUUGGUUUCGCGGCAGAGUCCGAGGCGUAAAAGGAAGCGAGUUGAAGACGCAGAUGAGUCGCCGUCGCCGUCGUCAUCAAUCUCCCAAAGGGAAGGAGCUUUGGUGUUGAGCCUUGUUCAAUGCAAUUUGCUAUUUUAGUUAUGUCACCGCUAAUAAGGGGGUGGUUUGUUUAUUUCAUUUUAGAUCCAGCUCCAAGCCUCUAAAAUGGCGGCAGUGCUUCAUAUGCUUGUGCCUGCCUGUAUUACAUUUCAAGGGGCACAUUCAUGCUUGUACUUACUUGAUCACUUCUACUUUGAUUAUAUAAAAUUUUGGAUUUUGACCAUA